GGAGCUUAGUAAAUCGACAUAAAAGCGAGUGACAGAGGAGAAAGCACAAAAUUUCCGAACAUAAUUUAUUCGACUUUACUCUAAACAAACAGCAGGGUUCGGGAGUAAUUUAAUUUUUCUGCGAGCUAGGGUUUUGAAAAGUUGGGAAAGUUGAGGAAGAUCAGUGAUAGGAGAUAUAUGGCGGAGCUGUCGACGGAAUCGCUGCCGUUGGGGUUUCGGUUCAGGCCGACGGACGAGGAGCUCAUCAACCACUUCCUCCGGCUGAAGAUCAACGGCCGUGAUUCCGAGGUCCAAGUCAUCCCGGAAAUCGAUGUCUGCAGAUGGGAGCCCUGGGAUUUGCCAAAACUAUCGGUGAUAAAGUCAGAUGAUCAAGAGUGGUUCUUCUUCUGCCCCCGCGAUAGGAAGUACCCAAAUGGCCAUCGGUCCAAUAGAGCAACUGAUGCUGGAUACUGGAAGGCUACGGGGAAGGACCGGACCAUCAAGUCCCGCCAGUGCAAGUUUGCCACUAACAGCAAUGGCCAAGUUGGGAUGAAGAAGACCUUGGUUUUCCACAGAGGCCGUGCCCCCAAGGGCGAGCGUACCAGCUGGAUCAUGCACGAGUAUCGUGCCACUCAGAAGGAACUCGAUGGCACUGCUCCCGGCCAGGGUGCCUUUGUUCUCUGUCGCUUGUUCCAUAAACCAGAAGAGAAGGCUGAUGAACCAAAGUAUGACGAAGUUGAACAAACUGGUCUAUCUCCUACCACAACUAAGUCUUCUCCUGAUGAGUCCUCAGAUAUAGUUCAGGAAACAGCUACAUCAGAGAUGCAAGGUGAAAAGCAGUCGGAAGGUAUCAUGAGGUGGUUGACUGAUAAGUCUGACAAAGUGACCCCUGAUGCUUUUUGUCAGCUACCUGUUAACAGUUUUAUGGCCUCUGAUAUGGAAGAUCAUGGAGCAGUAGAAACAGGAAUCCAGGGCCAUCUGACAAUGGAAGAAAAUCCGGCGUUCUAUGAGUCUUUGGGCGGCCCGGUUGAUUGCAAAGUCUUCUCGCUGUCGCAUUCGCAGAUUAAUGCAGAGCUGGAACAUUAUGUGGGUUCACCUUUUACCAGUGACUUUGGCAAUUAUGAUAAUGUAUUGCAUUUUCAGGACGGCACAUGUGAACGGGAUGUAUCCCUCAAGGAGUUAUUUGAUGAGUUCAGCAAUAGCCAUUAUGAGAGCUCCUAUGAGGAGUCAACUAGUCAGAAGAACUUGGUCGUUGGAAAUGAGACUUAUCUAUCUGGUCAUGCAUGCACCACGCCACCAGGAAACUCAUGUUUCAAUGGUGUAUGGGGUAACACAGACGCCAAAAUCGCCCAGAAUGAUUUGCAAAGGAGAGCAUCUGGCUUGUACAAUGAGCAAUUUGGCUCCGAGGUUCUGCAGAACACCUCAUUUGGUUAUUGGCAAGCUAAAGCUCAAGCAUCAUUUGAUGACCGAAAACCUAGAAUGGGAAAUAUGACAGACAUUUAUUUAUCUCAAUGCUCAUUUGCUGAGCAGUUUCCUGUGAUUUCAGUCAAUGAUGUGUCCAAUAGUUUGGAUGGAUCUACCAGUUGGAAGAAUCUUGAUAACCACAGUGGUGAUGAUGUUGGUGGAACUGGAAUCAAGAUUAGGGAUCGACAUCCUCAACUACAACCAAAUAUAGAUAACUUUGUAGAUCAGGGCUCUGCUGCAAGAAGACUUCAUUUAUUAGUUGACCGUUCAGUUGGGUCAAUUACCAAUGGCAAUGAGAGCGAUGAAAACUACAGCAGGGAAGAAGAUGAAGUCCAAUCAAUUAUUACAGAGACUAGAGAGGAUAUACAGCAGAGUCCUACUUCAGAUGAACAGGAGGAAGAGCAUGCGAUAUUCAGCAACAAAGAAGAAUGGUCCAGUACGAAUAAUUCUAUUAACCAUGGCUUUGAUCCUGAUGGUAGAAGUAGAAUCAAGAUUAGGCCUCACCAGCCUCAACAACAACCAAAUUCAGACAGUUCUGUAACUCAGGACACUGCUCAUAGAAGAAUCCGUUUGCAGAUGAAUUUUUCAUCUGGGCCCAUUGCAAAUAGUAACGUGAGAGAGAUAGAUUACGGAGGAGAAGAUGAAGUAGAAUCUGCUAAUACUGAGGCUAGAGAAGCUAUACAGCAGAGUCUGACCUCUGAUGAACAUGAGAAAGAGCAUGCGGAAAUCAACGAUAAGGAAGACUUGGCCACUAUGAAGAAUUCCGUCAACUAUGAUUCCAAUGUUGUAGGUAGAUCCGGAAUCAAGAUGAAGGCCCCCAAGCCUCAACAACCAUUAAGUUCAGGUGAUUCUGCAACUCAGGCCCCUGGUUCUAGAAGAAUCCGUUUGCAGAUGAGUACUUCACCUCGGUCAGUUGUUGAUAGCAAUGUGAGAGCUACAACCCCUGCUGAAGAAGAUAAUGUGCAGUCAACUAUUUAUGAGGUCAAAGAAGCCACGAAGAAGAUUUCUAAUUUCGAUGAGCAGGAAGCAGAGUCCCGUCUUUUGAAGUCAGACAUGGGCAGGAAAAUUAGCGAUGGCUCACCAACAGAACUGGUUGAUGAGAAGAGGGCUGCUGAAGAAGCCCCAAGAAAGUUGAGGUUAAGGACGGGAAGGGACGGUGCAUCACCCAGCAGCCAUAUGGGGCUGUCAGUGUCUUCGAAGGAACUGCCCAAACACCACGGCCUGAGUCCUACGUUUGUUAUUUUGGUUGGUAUUCCUUUAGCCGUAACCCUGGUCAUAGCAUUUAGUGGGAUUUGGAUGACAUUUAGAUCUUGACGUUGCACGGUGGAAGCCAUAGAUGAUAGGCAUAGGCGCUUCAUUCCACGAUGUGUUUCAGUUGAAACGGGUUUUAGGCUUGUAAAUUGCGUUCUCAUAUGAGCGUGCGGAUGUAACCUUAGAUGAGAUAAAUAAUGACAGUUUGUAGUUUGAUUUA